AUGGCUGAUAUUGAAAACGAAUACCUGCUGGGCUCUCCUCUAGUGCAUAUUGAAACUUGUCAAAACCAUGAAUUACCAAUUGAUAUGAUAUGUGAGGACUGUGAUGAAUUUAUUUGUGUUAAGUGUGCUAAAACAGAUCAUAAAAAUCACGAAUGGAACACUAUAACAACGGCAUCCACCGAAAAGAGGAGAGGUUUACUUAAAUUUCUGAAGAAGAUCAAGGAAGAAGAUCUGCCUGUAAUUGAUCAGAAGAUUGAGAAGAUUCCACAAAAGAUAACAGAAAAUAAAGAACUUUGUGACUCUGAGAUUAAAAAGCUACAAACCCAUUACGAUGAGAUAUUGACCAGAAUGAAGGAAAUCAGCAAAUGUCAUGAGAAAACAAUGAAAGACAAUAUGGUGAAAAAGAAUGAUCAACUAAACCACGUGAAAUUUAAGUUGGAGAAGACGAAAAAAAGAAUUAUUAGUACACUGGAAUUCAUGGAGGAAAACAAUAGCACCAUGUCAGAUUACAGCUUGAUUGACAACCACAGAGAACUGACAAAAAUGCUGUCUGAAUUGGAGUUUCAUAUGACAAACUGUGAAUAUUCAGUGAGGUUCACUAGAGGUGAAAUCAACGAUGACUUACUUAAUUCUGUGGUUGGAAAAGCUUGGAAUGUAGAUAAUAUCGGUAUGACUAUAAAAAAUUCAUUUCAAUAUAGUGAUAAAGCAAUAUAUGCUUUGGAGGCAUUCAGUGAAAAUCAAUGCUACCUUAAUAAAUUUAAGUCAAAAGACAUAGAAAAUGUCAAUGAGCAAGGCGUAAAAGGACAUAAAUUUAGUAUUAAUCCUACAGACAUGUGUGUGACUUUUACUGGUGAUGUUUACUUCACUGAUUCUAGUAACUAUUUCAUCAAUUGUCUGUCACCAUCAGGAUCUGUCUCUACAGUCAUCAGUACAGAUCCACUGGUACCAUGGGGAAUCUGUCAGUCAGUGGACAGUGGACUACUGGUCACCUUGAGAGACAAAGAAUCAGAUAUUUACAACUUAAACACAUCCAGCAGACGUCUGGUGAGACACAUCACAAUGACAGGUGAUGUCAUCCAUGAGUAUGAGUACCAGGAGAACGGACAGACUAGACUGUUUAAACUGCCAGACGCAGUCACGCAGAACAUAAACAGUGAUAUCUGUGUUGUAAACCAUACAAAUGUUUUUACAGGUGAACUAAUGAUUAUGUCUCCCUCUGGUCGUAUUAAGUCUGUCUACCGUGGACAAAACCUAACAGAGAAGUUUCAUCCAACUGACGUAGUGUGUGACUCUCUCUGUAACAUCCUUGUUACUGACCCAUUUAAUAGUCAGAUCCAUCUGCUAAGUCUUGACGGGGAGUUCCUGAAGUUCUUACUGACAGACAAUGAAGUUAAUCGCACAUUCUCCCUGUCCUUUUACAAGUCUAUAUUGUGGGUGGGAUACGAUAAUGGACUAGUCAAAGUGUUUCAAUACAGAUGGCAAAAUGAGUGA